AUGGCACCCGAAACCUCACCUCCAGCGUCGAGUACAAAUGGCUCUACGCCCAGCAAACCAAGCUCCCAGAGAUCUGUAAUAACAUCAAGACCCUCUCCCUUCAUGCCCAGCACCCUAGAGAAGAUCCUCCUAGCCAUCUACCCCACAAUCCUCAUAACCGGCUCCCUCUUCUCCCUCCUCGACCCCUCAGCCCGCAACGCGCCCUACAGCGCCUCCACGCAGUCUCACGUCGCAGACACCGCACCCUCGUACUUCGCGAAGAAGAGCAAUAUCUUCAACAAGCUAUUCGUGAAGCAGGGCUGGGCAUGGAUAACAUUCAGCUAUCUAUUCUUCCUGUUCACGCAUCCGUCCAUCGGACCGCCUCUGUCGGUCACUCUCACACCGAAGAGGAUACGCGGGUUACUCAGAUAUAGCAUCGUGACGACGUGGUGGAUAUUCGUCACGCAGUGGUUUUUUGGCCCGGCGAUUAUUGAUCGCAGUUUUAGGUUGACGGGGGGACAGUGUGAGUUAGUUGAGCAAGCUGAUAAAGGACAUAUUGAGAUGGAUGAUACAAGGCAAUUUGUCACUGGGUUUGCGUGUAAAGCUGUGGGCGGGCAGUGGUUAGGCGGACAUGAUAUCUCGGGCCAUGUGUUUUUGUUGGUAAUUGGUAGUAUGUUUCUUUUUGAGGAGGUGCUGCAUGUGGUGUUGAGAUCGCAACGGGUUAAGGAGGAACGGACGGUGUAUAUGGCUGAUGGGGCUAUUAAAAGUGCGGAGGUGGAGGCUGCGUUGGAUUCUGAUGUUUCGGUGCAGAGACCGACGCAAUGGACUAUUGGUGCGAAGAUUGGGUUGGGGGUUGCGGGGUUGAGUGUUUAUAUGCUGUUGAUGACGGCAGCGUAUUUUCAUACGUGGUUUGAAAAGCUUACGGGAUUACUGGUAGCUCUCAGUGGCAUAUUCGUGACUUAUUUCCUCCCAAGAGCCGUCCCUGGAUUGAGAAAUGUAAUCGGGAUGCCUGGAGUGUAG